UUAAGAAAUUUUAUACAUCUGAUUUUGUAAGUUAGUACAUAGUCAUUGCAUGCAACAUGGUAUAGAUGGCGAGAACGAUUAACAGCUGAUGCUGAUGCCACAUAAAUAUACACCUCGAUAGCGUCAGUGACAACCGAAUAUCGGGUGUCGUUAAAGAACAUAAUUUAUAACUUUUGUAAUUAUACAUAAAUCAGAACGCUUAAUAAUAAAAGAGAGAAAUUGCGGAAAGGCUUGGUCGACAAAAAUGUUUAGCACCAAGUCCUUCGACGUUGUGAGCUUCAAUUCAGAAUUGUCUACUGCGAGAUUGGAAACAUCCGCAAAUGUUCAAACAACAGAGAUAGUCUAUACCGCUAGUGAAACGCAGACCACAGAGACAAGAAGUAUUGGGAUUCAAACAGUAAAUGGACAAAAAACAGAUGUACAAGUGGAUUAUGAUAAACUGGCAAAGUUUCUGAAAAAAGUCAUGCCAGGGAUCCUGGAGGCUCUUGAUGAAGCUUAUGCUACUAAUGCUUUUGACGACUAUAAUCCAAAUGUAACUGAAGCAUCAUCCGCUAAUAUAGAGUUAUUAAAAAAAAUAAGCACACCUAAGGAACCAGACACUCAGAUUAAAAUAAGUGACUUAUCUUGGAGCACCGUUGGUGGAACGUUAGCAGUAGGCCUCAGUCAUACUUAUCACGAAGCAUGGUGCGAUCAUCUUUCUACAGUCCAGUUAUACAAUCUCACAACUGAAGAUAAUAUUAUAGACGUGCCUACUAGAACGUUAGAGACGAAUGGAUGUGUUACAACGCUGUGUUAUCACCCAACAGAACCCUCUAUCCUUGCAGCCGGAUUAUCUAAUUGGGAUGUAUUAAUCUGGAAUCUCAGGAACGACGAUUCCGUCGUACCCAUGCACGUAUGCACGCAUGGUGACUGCGUGUCCCAAGUGUGCUGGAGACCAAGAUCCGUGAACGACGUGACCCUGUUGUUGAGUUCCAGCAGAGAUGGAUACGUACUGAUUCACAAAUUGACGGCUAACUUUACAACCGUUCAGUUGCACAAACGAUUCAAAAUAGUAAAGGAACGUAAUCCGGUGGAAAAUGCUAGGCCACGCAGCGCCGGAGGUAGCGAACGCGCUGCGGAGGCAGGACUGUGCAUCACAAGCUUCAACUUUUCACCGAAGCACUCCAGUAUAUUUCUCGUUGGAACACUAUGCGGUGGAAUUUAUAAAUGUAGCUUGGACAGCAUAACUCCUAUCGAAGGAGAUGCCACGCUUAUAGAUCCUGUAAUCGAUGAAUAUGAAAGACAUGGAGGUAGCAUUACCUGCAUUAAGUGCUCACCGUUACGCAAUUUGUUUGUCAGCAGCGCCACGGAUAAGGAAAUCCGUAUAUACAAUCUUGACGAGCAUGUCAGUCAUCAAAACAUUUCCGUGGACAAUACAAUUGUGGGAUUAACAUGGAUGAUUGGCAAUCAAGACAUAUUCGCAGCUUACGGAGCAAGUGUGUGUGUAAAAUUCUACAACGUCACAGAUGGUAAACCUGUAACGUAUGCGAAAGUUGAGGUGACUGGCAAAGAAAGUAUCAGCAGCUUAUGUAUAAAUUCCAAGAGAGAUAUGCUGGCUAUUGGAGAUGUUCGUGCGAAUGUUGAAAUAUGGAAAUUUCCACGUCACUUGUUUUGAACGUAGUUCUGAUUGACGCAAUUGCUUGCGCCAUUUGCUGAAUGGACUGACACAUCGCUAUGUAUGUUUUAUAUGUUGCACAUAUGUAUGUAAAUGUUUAUACCGAAAUAAAUUGGAACAUUGAACCAUCUUUAUAUCAUAACAUACUAAA